GGAUCCCAGGGCCGCGCUGUGGGGUGGGCGCGAGGGCGCUGGCCGCCACAUGGCCUCAUUGUCCCCGCGGGGACAGGGCGGGACCGCGGGGGCGCUGGCAGCGGCCGGCAGGGCGCGCCAACAAAGAGCAGGGGGCCGCCAGCGCCCCUCCAAGCCGCCUCUCCCCGGCGCCCCGCCCGCCAGCGCCCGCGCCCCACGGUCUCCCCGGACCCGGGUCCGGCCCGCCCGCCGGUCCGCCGCGCACAAAGGCGGGGAGCGCACACCUCCGGGCGGGGCGCGCGGGGCGUACUGCGCAUGCCCGCGGCCGGGCUCGUCCCCGCGGUCGGGCUCGUGCGCGCGGGGCGGGUCCGGACCCCGCGCCCCGCACCCGCACCCCGGGGCGCCGGGCCGGCGUUCGGGUGUCGGGGCUGCCGGGCGCGCGGGGCCUCGGCCGCCUUUGUGUGGACGCGCAGGUCGGCCGCCCCGGCUGGCGCCCCCGCGCCCCGCGCGCCCCGCGCCCCGCAGCCGCCGCGCUUCCUGCCCGAGCGCGGGCCCCGCCGCCGGGUGGACCGAGUGUCCCGAGCCGGCGCCCCGCACCCGACAACAAAGAGGGGCGUCAGCGCGGGGCGGGGCGGCGGGCGGGGGCGCUGCGCUCGCCGGCCCGGCCCGGCCCGCCCCCCCCAGCGGCGGCGGCAUUGUAGUGGCAGCUCCCGCCGGUGACGUUGCGCCUCGUCCCCGGCCCGGCGGCGGCGGCGGCGGGAGGGGCGCGGGCGGCGGGCGGCUCCGAGCGGAGCCGGAGCGGAGCGGCAGCCGGAGCCGAGCCGAGCCGAGCCGCGCGCUCGCGGGGUGGGUGGCCGUGGCCGGCCCGGGGCUCGCACCGCCCGGCGCCGCAGCUCCCGCCCCGCUACGCUCCCGCCUUUGUGGCCGGGCCGGGGCAGCCAUGCCCAGCUCGCUGUUCGCCGAGCUGGAGCGCGGCGGCGGGGGCGCGGCCGACAGCCUGGACGACCAGCGCGCCCUGCAGCUCGCGCUGGACCAGCUGUCUCUGCUGGGGCUGGACGGCGACGACGGCGCCUCCCCGUACGACGGCGAGCCGCGCAGGAAGAGCGUGAACAUGACCGAGUGCGUGCCGGUGCCCAGCUCCGAACACGUCGCGGAGAUCGUGGGGCGCCAAGGUUGUAAAAUCAAAGCGCUGCGGGCCAAGACCAACACUUACAUCAAGACCCCGGUGCGCGGGGAGGAGCCUGUCUUUGUUGUGACUGGCAGGAAGGAGGAUGUGGCCUUGGCUCGGAGGGAGAUCAUCUCGGCGGCUGAGCACUUCUCCAUGAUCCGCGCCUCCCGCAACAAGAGCGCGGCGCUGAGCGGCGCGGCGCCCGGGCCCCCGCACCUGCCGGGCCAGACCACCAUCCAGGUGCGCGUCCCCUACCGCGUGGUGGGGCUGGUGGUGGGGCCCAAGGGCGCCACCAUCAAGCGCAUCCAGCAGCAGACGCACACCUACAUCGUGACACCCAGCCGCGACAAGGAGCCGGUGUUCGAGGUGACGGGCAUGCCGGAGAACGUGGACCGCGCGCGCGAGGAGAUCGAGGCGCACAUCGCGCUGCGCACGGGCGGCGUGGUGGAGCUGUGCGACCACAACGACUUCCACGCCAACGGCACGGACGUGGGCUUCGAGGGCCACGGCGGCCACGGGGCCGCGCCCUGGGCCAAGGCGCCCGCCCUGCCGCCCGCGCCCGCGCCCGCGUCCGCGUCCGCACGCAAGCCCUUUGCCAGCUUCCGCCACGACAGCUCCAGCUCGCUGGGCAGCGCCUCCACGGACUCGUACUUCGGGGGCGGCUCGGGCAGCGCGGCGGCCACCCCGCGCCUAGCCGACUACAGCCCGCCAAGCCCCGCGCUUGGCUUUGCGCACAACGGCGGCGGCUCCAACGGCUUCGUCUACACCGCGCCCGCCCCCGGGCCCGCUGGGGCCCCGGACGCCGCAGCCGCAGCCGCAGCCGCCGCCGCCGCACCAGAGCCCGCCUUCGAUCCCGCGCCCGCGCCCCCGCCCGCGCCGCCGCUGCUCUGGGCGCCCCUGGAGCGCGCGCCCGCCCCCGCCCCCGCCGCGCCCACGCCCGCGCCCGCGCCCCUGGGGCUGCUGCUGCCCCGCCGCGCGCACCCCGCCACCCCGCGCCUGUCGCCGCCGCCGCCGCCGCCGCAGGGCUCCCCGGGGCCGGGCUCCGGGCCUGCAGACCAUCCCUUGGCGCGCCGGGUGCGCAGUGACCCGGGCGGCGGCCUGCCCUUUGCCGCCUUUGCCAAUGGGCUGGGCGCGCCGCUGCCCGGCCUGCCGCCCUCCGACACGUCGGCGUCCAGCUGCUCCGCGUCCAGCUCGGCGUCCAGCUCAUCCUCGUCGUCGUCGUCGUCCUCCUCGUCGUCCUCUGGCCCGCGGCGCAAGGGCAGCCGCGACUGCUCCGUGUGCUUCGAGAGCCAGGUGAUCGCAGCGCUGGUACCCUGCGGCCACAACCUCUUCUGCAUGGAGUGUGCCAACCGCAUCUGCGAAAAGAGCCCCCCCGAGUGCCCCGUGUGCCACGCGGCCGUCACACAGGCCAUUCGCAUCUUCUCCUGAGCGGAGCGCUGCUGGACACAGAGGGCAGCCCGGGCGCAGGGGAUCCAGGCCAGACCAAGAGCCCAGCUCAGGCCCGGGGGGGCUCUGAGCCGGGGCGGGAGCCGGGGGUCCAGUCCAGUCCAGGCCCAGGGAGCCCAGAGUCCAGUCCAGGACAAGGGGCCAGGCCAGGCUAGGAGCUGGGAGUCCAGCCCAGGCCAAGAGCUGGGAGUCCAGUCCAGACUAGGAGCCCAGAGUCUAGCCAAGGCCCAGGGAGCCCAGAGUCCAGCCCAG